AUGUCCUCCUCUGCUUACCUCGCUUCAAACACUUACGGAAAAGAUAACGUCCGUCUCCUCAAAGUCGCAAGAGACCCUGUCGACUCUUCUGUCCAACACGUCAUUGAACUUACUGUUCAAGUUCUUCUUGAAGGUGAACUUGAAGUUGCCUAUACUAAGGCUGACAAUUCCCCCGUUGUCCCCACAGAUACUGUCAAAAAUACAAUUUACAUUUUGGCUAAACAAGCAAGCCCUUGGCCCAUUGAACGUUUUGGUGCAACUCUUACUAACCAUUUUGUAACCAAGUAUCAACACAUUUCAAAAGCUACUGCUUACAUUAAACAACACCGUUGGACUCGUUAUGCUGUUGAUGGUAAACCCCAUAACCACUCAUUCAUCCAAGAUGGCCGUGAAUUGCGUACAGCCAAGGUCCAAAAAACUAAAACUGGUGCAUUUGUUAUUGAAUCUGGUAUUAAGGAUCUUACUGUUCUAAAGUCUACAGGAUCCCAAUUCUGGGGGUACAAUAAGUGUGAAUAUACUACUUUGGAAGAAACAUAUGACCGUAUCUUGUCAACUGAUGUCGAUGCUGUUUGGACAUGGAAUGGAACCCGUUUUGCUAAUAUUCGUGAUGUUGAUUAUGUCGCUGAUACCGGUGCUUUUGACUCUGUUUAUGAUGUCGCCCGUAAUACUACCCUCCGCACUUUUGCUCUCGAAAAUUCAGCUUCAGUCCAAGCUACAAUGUACAACAUUUCAGAGGAAAUUAUUAAAAAGGCUCCUCUUGUUGAUCAAGUCUACUUUGCCUUGCCCAACAAGCAUUAUGUGGCUGCUAACCUUGAAUGGUUCCAAGAUACUAAGAAUAAGGGUAAGGAUGCUGAGGUCUUUGUUCCUCUUAGUGAUCCUAAUGGUCUCAUCAAGUCUGUUGUUCGCAGACGUGCUUCCAAGUUGUAA